AUGGCUUCCGUAGCCUCCUCCCAAGCCGCACUCCCCGCGACCAACCCACCACCUCCAACUUACACGUUCAGCUUCACGCCCUUCCUCCGCGCCAACAGCCUCGCCGCUCUCGCCUCCGCCGUCCCCGUAUGCCCGGACUUUGCCUCGACAGGGCACUGCCCGCGCGGCCGGCGCUGUCCCGACCGCCAUCCCACGCCAUCCCAGCAACCCUCCCAGCACCACCACUUUGGCCGCCACCACCAGAAUGACAACUACGUCUGUAAGCACUGGCUCAAGGGAUUGUGUAAAAAGGCCGACGCGUGCGACUAUCUCCACGAGUACAAUCUGCGUAAGAUGAGCGAGUGCCAGUUCUACAAUCAGAACGGGUACUGUCAGAACGGGGAUGAGUGCCUAUACGUGCAUGUCAAGGAGGGCUCGAAGCUGCCCAUGUGCGAAGACUACAACAAGGGGUUUUGCGAGAAGGGGCCCAGGUGCCCCAACCGCCACGUCAGGAGGAAACUCUGUGAGUUCUAUCUUGCAGGGUUUUGUCCCGACGGCAGGGAAUGCAAACAUGGUGUUCACCUGAAGAGUGUCGCAUUGGCGGGAGGAGCGGCAGGAGAAAAGGAGAAGGACGAAGACGCGAGGAGAAGAGACAGAGUGGCGGACCUGGAGAAGAGAGAGGACGAUCAGAGGAAGGAAUUCGGGUGGAAGGGAGGCCGAGGUGGAAAGGGCGGACGGUGGAGGAACAAGCGGGACAGGGAUAGGAGGUGA